AUGACCCCGCUCCCCAUUGGUAGCCGCUCGCCGCCGCCGCUCCCCAUUGGCACAGAGCCAAAGUGGGCCAAGAAAUGCAUGGUGAUCGGUGGCUCUGGCUUUCUCGGGCGGCACCUGGUGGAGCAGCUGCUGGCCAGAGGCUACAAGGUCAGCAUCUUUGAUGUCCGGCAAGGCUUUGAGAACCCCCAGGUGCAAUUCUUCCUCGGUGAUCUCUGCAGCCGGCAGGACCUGUACCCAGCUCUGAAAGGUGUGAGCACAGUUUUUCACUGUGCUUCACCUCCACCAUCCAGUGACAACAAGGAACUCUUUUAUAGAGUGAAUUACAUUGGCACCAAGAAUGUCAUUGACACUUGCAAAGAGGCUGGGGUUCAGAAACUUGUUUUAACCAGCAGUGCCAGUGUCAUCUUUGAGGGUGUCGACAUAAGGAAUGGCACUGAGGACCUCCCUUAUGCCAUGAAGCCCAUCGACUACUACACGGAGACCAAGAUCCUGCAGGAACAAGUGGUCCUGGGUGCCAAUGAUCCGGAGAGGAAUUUCUUAACUGUGGCCAUCCGCCCUCAUGGCAUUUUUGGCCCCAGGGACCCCCAGUUGGUCCCCAUCCUCGUUGAAGCCGCCAGGAAGGGCAAGAUGAAGUUUGUGAUUGGAGACGGGGAGAACUUGGUGGACUUCACCUUCGUGGAGAACGUGGUCCAUGGCCACAUCCUGGCGGCAGAGUGCCUCUCCCGAGACUCGGCCGCGUGUGGGAAGGCCUUUCACAUCACCAAUGACGAGCCCAUCCCUUUCUGGACAUUCCUGUCCCGCAUCCUGAGGGGCCUCAACUACGAGGCCCCCAAGUACCACAUCCCCUACUGGCUGGCCUACUACCUGGCCCUGCUGCUGGCCCUCCUGGUGACGGUGGUCCGGCCAGUGCUCACACUGCGGCCCACCUUCACACCCAUGCGCAUCGCGCUGGCCGGCACGUCCCACUACUACAGCUGCGAGAGAGCCAAAAGGGUCCUGGGCUACCGCCCCCUGGUCCCCAUGGACAGGGCUGUGGAGCAGACCGUGCACAGCUUCCGCCAUCUGCGCAGGAUCGACUGA